ACUGUGUAGGCCCACUUGGAAGUUUGAGUUAUAUUAGCAUACAGUUAGUUCUGGGUUUUGUUUCCGUUUCCUGGUAAAGAUUGUGACUUUUCUCUAUGCUGUUAUAUUUCAGAGAAAUGUUGUAUUUCAGUGAUUUCAAGUGUAGUGGAUUUUAUAUAUGAUUUCAGUUGAUUUAAAUUAAUAUUUUUUAUACUAUACUUGAUUAAUUGAGCCAGAUGUACUGACUACUAUGAAAUGUGGAUUGUGGAUAUUUCAUUGACAUUGUCUUGUUUUUCAAAAAAAUCUUUUGAUUUCUAUUCAAAUUUUAAAUAAUCUAUUUCAUUCUCCUAAUAAUUUUAGUCAUUUUCAACAUUUAUUUCAAAAGAGAGGACAAUGAAAGUAUUAAAAAGAGAUUAAAAAAAGAACAUUUCUAUCAGCUAAAUAUGUUUGUAUAGAUAAAUAGAUUAAAACUCGUUCAGACUUUCCACAUUGCUAAACCACACAGUGUGUUUACUAUCUAGUUCUAGUGACUUCUAAGUAACGUUCAAUUCAUGCAAGCAACAACUUAACAAUUGACGUUUUGAUGGUUUAGUUUUCACAUACUAUUGGAUAAAAUUUUAAAACAUACUGGUCACGCGGAGGUGACUAUAUCACACUAUUAAAUGUGGUCUGGAUUAAAUAUGUGUAAAAUUGUCUUUAAAUCCAAACGAGGGAUCUUAUUAAUCAUGAUAUUCAUUUUGAGCUUGAGAAUUUCAACACCCGCAAACCAUGACCCAUGUCUUGAAAAGGAAAUGAACAUUUGUACCAUUGAACUAUUGGAAGAAUGUAACAUAACAAUGACAUACAAAUCACAGAAGAUGAACAUGAUUUAUUUAAAAGUAAAUGGCCAGCUAAUGAAUAUUCAAUGGACUUAUGACUCUGAGACGCAGUUUUUGGUAAGGACCACGCCUGUAUAUAAAGAAACAUAUCAAUCACAGCUGGUCACCUGCAGCAGUGCUCAACUUGACAAAGAAUCUCUUCAUGAUAAAAACUUGGAGUUAGAGAAGAUAUACACAUAUUCAACGUGGUUCCCUAUAUCAGACAACAUACACUCCUAUAUUGUAGAUAUUGUAAGUUUGGAUGCACCGAAACAGGCUGUGCGAUUCUUGAUUCAAGUACCACGCAAAUCUAAUUCCUUGUCCCCUAUUGUAGUUGUCACCAUUUACCAAGACAAGGCAGCGUUUGCGGUCUUUGAACAAACAAAUAAGUCCAACAUUGAACACUAUUAUAGUCUGAUUGAAUGCUCGAAAGAAAUGACGAAGGAUCAAUUAGGCUUAAUGAAUUGGCAGCUUAGCGAAUGCUUCAAUAUCAACAAUAGCAUUCAAUAUAACCACAAAAUGAAGCCAGGAAAAUUUGAAACUUUUCCUUUGGAUGAUGGACAAGAUUAUCAAAUCUGGAUUGACUCAGAGAACGGAAUAACACGUGAUCUCGCUUUUAAAACUCCAGUGUUCGGUCGUCCAGACCAAGAUAUAGGCCUACAGUUUAUCAGUGCAUUCAUUACAGGUAAAGACUCUGGGAUUGAAAAAACAGAGACCUCUAUUUCAAGGAUAGAUUCAAUUGUCAAUGAACAGAUCCUGCAAAAAGUCACAAAUACAACUCUGUUCUCUCCCAAUGUAACCUCAGGUAUACAGGAAGAUGUUCAGGAAGAUGUUCAGGAAGGUGUUCAGGAAGAUCUCCUACCUGAAAAUCUGACCGUGGCUGUAUGUAUCGGCACAGCUGUUCCCUUGUUGGUCAUUUUGGUGGUUGUUAUUCUGUUCAUUGAAAGACAAAUAAGACUAAAAGGUGCUUACCAAGUGAGCUGUUUCCAGAUAUGUAGAUUUAAAUCUAUUUCAACUCAAGAAAAGGGACAUGAGACAGAAAAGGAAGCAAAUUCUUCUACAGUCACUUCAAAAUUAACGCAGGUGUCUGCAGAUCAAUAUUACCAGUCGUCGGAUACUAUAUUAAGAUCGCCGUCUGCUUUCGGAAGAACACGGAUCACUGAGGAACAUUGUGAUUCGUGUGCGCCUUUAUUAGACAGCGUCUCGUUUACAUUUAAAGAUCACCAGGAACAUGUCUCACACAUAGCAUCACAUAACAGUGGGCUUCCUUUUCCUUUGUAUGAUGACUCCUUUCACCUUCAGAGACACGACCAGUUACAGAAUUAUACACAAGCACUAAAUUCAUUUCAGACUUCACGUUUUCGUAUUUUUCAACAGAAAGCUUGGAAUUCUAUGGAGACAAUUCUAGAAGACUCCAAAGAUUUAUACAGCGGUUCAGGAUUUCUCAAUACCGAAAGUGUUCCUAAGUCUUCCUGUCUGUUUUCUACGUUUGUUAUUGCUCCUCUUGCGCUGACCGACGAUAAUUUAAGUGUUCAAGAUCUGGAAGAAGAAUUUAGAAUGAUAAAUGAGCACUAUCAUAAGCUGACGAAAAAAGAACAACACACAAACUAUUGAAAUAAAACUUAAGUGACACUGAUAAUACUAAUGUCUUAGCAAUGAAUCUUCAGUAGGCCUAAUAAAACGGCACACUUGUGCUUUAUGUUGUAGGCAUAACAUUCCAGGGAUGGGGCUCUGUUACAUUCAAGCGAACGCCCGAAGAAUCGUCACACAAUGGUUUGGUGGACCGACCUGUUAGGAAUGUCACUAAGGAGCGCACAGUGUGACACAAAGGGGCGACAACUAAGUGGAAAAAUGCAAAAUAGAUAGCUUUAGCUUAAUUACAUGAUUGUGCAGUUUUUUUCCACAGCGUGGUUUGUUUUCAGUAUGCAAUAAACACACCCCACUAUGGGCAUCAGGGGCGGACUGGCUAUAUGGGCAUUUGAGCAAAUGCCCGGUGGGCUGGUACCUACAUGGGCCGGUAGGGCAACCUAAAGGGCCGAAUGGAUCCCACUUUGUAUUAAAUUGUCAAAUGUUUUAUAAUAUGCACUUGUAAAAGCGGCCUUCUGAACAUCGUGUUUUAAAAGAAAUCUCUCUACAGUGUAAUGCUAAUUUAAUCUAACAAUUUUUCCGAAAUAAUGUAAUAGCCUACAUCCGUAGACAGUGCUACUAGUAGGCUUCAUCCAUUUAUGGCCUACACACUUAGCAAUUAAAAAGCAACAUAAGGCUUAUAUUUCUUAUUAAAAUAUAGAGCUCAAUGUAUUCGUGUAUACAAUUAUCGAAACUCAACAUGAUUUAAGGACAGGCAUGCCUAAAGUUUGAUGUCCAUCAUAUGAUAUGAAAUUUAUGGGCCUGAUUGAAUAGAAAUGCCCGGUCCGAAUUUGACACCCAGUCCGCCCCUGAUGAAUAUGUACAGUUAUUUAAGUUUUCCUUUCGUCUCCUCGCCUGUCUUCGGCAAGGGCUUUUCUUUGGCCCUCAAAUGUAUGUCCGCGGCCUUCGUAAGAGCUCUCCGUCUUUGUGUUUCAGUUUGACCAACCCAACUGAAUGUUUUCCAUUUAACUCUAGUCACACUUACGUGUUCACUAACUAGUUUCUAUUUCUAUGUAAUGUUUUCAAGCAUUUCUUUCAAUUUUAAACAAAGGUCAAAUGAAUAUUAUGUAUGUCGUGUUUAUUUUCAGUGGUUAUGAGACAUUAUAGCAGCACAAAAAUACAAAUAAAUAAAACUAAGAAUCGA